CUGAUCAUUAUCUUACACCAAACAAUAUAUCAAAUGCGCGAGAUCUUUCUCUCUUCUUCGACUCUCAGCUAUUUUUUCACCUCACUUUGUUCCCACAACCAAACAUACCCUACAAGAAGGAAGAGAAGCAGUACUCAGUCCCGUCUCUCUCUCUCCCUCUCUCGUUGUGCAAUUAUCGCUCCUUAUUUUCUCGCUGUUACAACUACCACGCUUUCGUUCGACGCAUGGUGGCUCCGUUUAUCAUCAACAACACAUAAUCCAUAAAUCGAAGGUUUUGAUGUGAUAAUAAUAGAGAAAAAAUUCAAAAAUUUAUGGAGAAUUUCCAAGAUCAACCACUCCCUCCAGGUGUUCAGUUUUUACCUAAUUAUUCUUUAAACUCUGCUCAAACACUUCAAUAUCCAAAUGCUCCUCCUUAUUAUGACAUUCAACAAGGAACCCUAACCCUUAUAACUCCAGAGGCUAUAAAUUCCACAUCUUCAAACACUACUUCUACGGAAUGCUCUGUCGUACAAUUUAACAAUGCGCGCGACAUCGAUGCUGCUGCUCAGGAUGCUGUCUUGAGGGAACAAGAACUUGCUACCCAAAAUAUUAUAAGGAGUCAAAGAGAGGUGGAAACUGUGGCAUCACUUACCAAGGAUAAUUUAGACUUAUUCUCAGAACGUCGUGACCCCAAUGCUUUGAAGGAACAUCUGUUGAAAAUGGCCACAGAGCACAGGACUGAAAUGGCUGUUAAGCGAGGAAAAACUGCACGUUCAGAAGGCAACACAGAAAUAGGUAAUGGAUAUGGUGUACCUGGUGGAGGUGCCUAUAAUGAUGUUCCCAAGCUUAACACCACUUCUGGUAACAAUGCAUUUGGUCAGCCUGAAUCUAAAAUUGAUAGUUGUCCAGAGGAGAAACCUGCUGCUAAAGAAUUGCCCGAGUACCUCAAGCAGAAGUUGAGAGCUCGGGGUAUUCUUAAAGAUGAUAGACAUACAGAGGAUCUUAAAGGUACUUCAGCUGAGCUUAGGGGAAAUGAAGAGUUGCCUCCAGGAUGGGUGGAAUCAAAAGAUCCAGGAAGUGGUGCAUUUUAUUAUUAUAAUGAAAGUACUGGGAAGAGUCAAUGGGAAAAACCUUGUGAAACAUCCUUAACUGAGCAGUCACCUCCAUCUUUGCGUCUUCCAGAAAAUUGGGUGGAGGCAUUGGACGAAACAUCAGGUCACAAGUAUUACUACAAUACAAAAACUCAUGUAUCACAAUGGAAGCAUCCUAAUUCUUCUCAGGAAGUUGUGUCAGAUCGGUUGGUCUUGCCAGUUGGUCAUGUGGAGGACCAAUCAUCUAAUUUACAGAAGUGCAUGGGCUGUGGUGGUUGGGGUGUAGGCCUUGUGCAAGCAUGGGGUUACUGCAAUCACUGCACCAGAGCUCUCAAUCUUCCACAAUGUCAGUAUUUGGUCUCAAGUAUAAAUAAUCAGCAAAGCAAUGCUGCACAUCCCAGUCAAAGUUCUGAUAAAAUGGCUAGCAAACAGAGGGCCAGCUGGAAACCUCCAUUUGAUAAGGGAAGUAAAAAAUUGGGAAAGAAGCGCGCUCAUGAAGAGGAUGAUGAGUUGGAUCCUAUGGACCCCAGCUCCUAUUCAGAUGCUCCUCGUGGUGGCUGGGUGGUGGGUCUGAAAGGUGUGCAGCCGCGAGCAGCUGACACAACAGCAACAGGUCCUCUGUUUCAACAACGACCAUAUCCAUCACCUGGAGCUGUUUUACGAAAGAACGCUGAAAUUGCCUCUCAGAAAAAGAAACCGAAUUCAAAUUUUACUCCCAUAUCCAAGAGGGGUGAUGGGAGUGACGGGCUUGGUGAUGCAGACUAGGACUGUCUUAUCAACACAGACAUGUUCACCUUUGUCAUGCUAUUUGUGAAGCUGAGGAAAUGCAUCAAAUACAUUUUACUCUAUUAUCUGUAAGUUAAGCUAAAGAUGCAUUUCGUUGGCAAAACCAGCUGUGCUGUUGUGCAAUAAUAUUUUGUGGCUUUUACUGCAAAUACUGGGGAAAGCAUCGUUUCAAUGCUAUAACCGAGUGAAUGGACAGAAGUUACCUUUAUACUACAUAACUGGUGGUGAUAAACUUGAAGCAUUCUGAUAGGUGAUGGUAAAACUUGUACUUAGCUAGGUACUAUUCAUGAGCUGACCUGAGAACCAUAUGAUUUUUGAUGAAUUGAAAGUUCAAGAGGACCUGAAGAUUGGGAAAGAAAGGAAGUUCGGCACCUUUCAGAAUUUUCAAUGCUCUUUUCUUUUUGUUCAUCUUAGGAUUUUCAUGUUAAUCAAAUUAUGGAAGGAAUAUAUUUUCAUGGGUUUUGUGAUGUUAUAGUCCUGAACAUUUUUGCCUUCUCGAUGUACAUGUAUAACCUAUUUCUUCUCUGGGAAUUUGGAGAACUUUUGGUUAAGGAUCUCCAGAUAUUUCAUAUUGUUUUAUUUUAGAAGGGACAUAGCUCUUAUUUCAAGAAUACAUAUGGUUAUGCCUAAUUAACAUCA